UUUAAGAGUGAAGCUCGCGCCAUCAGUUACACGAGCAAGUUAAAAGUCCAUAUCAGCUAACAUUUGUUGUAAUUGUAACUAAUGCAGCACAGUCCAGGAUAAAUUGAAACAGUACUUAAUUUAAGAUGGAUUUUUGGCUAGAACAAAACUACAAAAACGGAAGUUAAUGUAAACAGCGAUUGUGAAACUUCAGCGGAACCCCUCCUUUCGCUAAGGCAUUUUGUUCCGAACAUCACGUUUGGCCAUCCGAUGGUAGAAUGUCUCCGGAAAGCUGUGGGUCCAAAUCCUUUUUUUGACAUGCACAUGAUGGUUUCCAGACCAGAACAGUGGGUGAAGCCAAUGGCAGCAGCAGGAGCCAGCCAGUAUACAUUUCAUUUGGAGGCCACUACAAAUCCUGGAAGCCUCAUCAAGGAUAUCCGUGAGAGUGGCAUGAAGGUUGGUGUGGCUAUCAAGCCUGGAACCACAGUCGAAGAAAUAGCACAAUGGGCCGGGCAUAUUGAUAUGGCCUUAGUUAUGACAGUGGAGCCUGGAUUUGGUGGCCAGAAGUUUAUGGAAGACAUGAUGCCAAAGGUCAGCUGGCUAAGAAGUCAGUUUCCUUCCCUAGAUAUUGAGGUCGAUGGAGGAGUUGGACCAGACACUAUUCAUCAUUGUGCUGAGGCAGGAGCGAACAUGAUUGUAUCAGGCAGUGCUGUAGUGGGCAGUGCAGACCCCCGAUCUGUAAUUGCCCUCCUCAAAGAUGUCAUCCUUGAGGCCAUUCAGAAACGAUCUCUUGACCGUUAAUAAUAUCAGCUUUUUUUUUUCCAACAAUCUAAUAAAAUAUCAACCUGUCUCAACUAUUUCAA